CAUCAUUUUUUUUAGAAGAGCCUCUUGCCACUCUUUCUUCCAACAGAGAGGAGACUACUCAAAAGCUCCCCACCCAUGGCUCCAGAUUUCUGAAGUUAACAGCAGGUGUCAUCUAGAGUAAUUAAAAUGGGGAGUACCAGUAAAAGUUCUUUUAAAGUUCCAGCAAUUCCACCCUCAAAAAGAUUGGAUCAGGAUCUAAACAUGAUGAACUCCACUUUCAAAUUAAUGCAUGUUAUCGGCCAGUUAAAUGAUGAUCAGAAACAAGUUGUAUCAAAUGUUGGUUUUUCAACCAUUCUGGAUCUUUGUUGUUCAUCAGUUCCAAAGAAUCUCGUGUUAUGGCUGGCAGAUAGAUUUGACACUGCAUCUAAUACAGUCAAUCUUCCAAAUGGUUUAUCAUUCACAAUUAAUUCUGCUGUAGUCAAAUCAAUUCUCGGUAUCCCCAUGAGCAAUGAAACAAUACCAUGCUGUAGAAAUGAAGAAGCUUAUCAGUUUAUCAAACUACAAUUCAAUUCAGCUGGAAGAACACCUUCUGUCGAUGAGUUAGUGUCUAUUAUAACACCAGACUUCAAGGGAGAAAAUUUUGCAAGAGCUUUCGUCUUGUUGGCAUUGUCUUCAUUUCUUUGCCCCAACACUAAGAAUGUUUGCAGCUCCAAAUACUACUCUGCUGUCAUUGUUGUUGAUGAAAUUAUUCAACUAGACUGGUGCUCAUUGGUUCUGCAGUGGUUAAAUUCUUCUUUGAAAAAGUAUCAGAAUAUGGAGAGUAACGGACAAAGCAUUCCAACUGGUGGUUGUGUCCUUCUCUUAGUGGUGGCUUAUCUUGAGUUUCUCUAUUCCUCUGAAUUCAAUUUCGGAAUGGCACCCCCAAGAUUGAAAUUCUGGUCAACAACUGUCAUACAAACAUUCACACUACUUGAUGCACAGCCUGGUUCAAAUAAUCAAUUUGGCAGAUUACCAGUAAAACAUCUCUGUUGCACCCCUUUCAAAGAAUGUUUUAAUGAAGAGAAUCAUUACUCAGUUUUUGCAAAUGAUUUAGAAGGUAUCAUAAAAGAAAAUUGUCCACCAGAUCAAAUUGAAAGUGUCAAGCUUCAAAUAUCUACACUUUCAAAGAAGUUCCAACAUUCUAUAUCCCAGAGAAUCAUGAAAGACACCUCAGACUUUGUUCAUAGUGUUCUUUCUGUAGUGUCAUCGAAAACACUGCAGAAAACCAAAGAGAAGACUUUGGAAUUUCUUGAAGAUUCAGAUUCAGAAUGUGAACAUGCUCAUCUUUCAGUCCAUGAGACUCAUUUUCAAAAGAGGCAAAAGCUGCAGAGAAAUGAACUUGACUUCAAAAUGUUGCCUGUCCCUGAACUCAAAGAAGAAGUGAAAUACACAAGCAUUGUUGAACAAGUUUUUUCAAAACUGUGUUCUGAAAUUCUUGAAUUUCCAAAAGUCACAGAUCUUGAUAGUACUCUCGAUAGUACUUAUGAUAGUUUUGAUCAUUUGAUUUCUGGUUUACAUGAGCUGAAAUCUGAUUAUAAUCUAUUCAGUAAUGAAGAAAUUGUUGACUUGAUAAAGCUUGGUCAAUACAAAUGCAAUGAUUCUUUACAAGCCAAAAAAAGAAUUCCUGAAGAGAAAGUUCUACUGGAUUCUUUCAUCCCCCAACAAGCCAAUGUUCCGAUGGACAUUCCGAGACCUGUAAAUGAUGGUAACCAACGAAUUGGUAUCCAAUCAGUCAGUGGAACAUUCAUCAAAGGACCCAAAUACGGCUUAUCAUUGAAUGAAGCUUUGCUUGGCCGAACUAUGACAAAAGUUGAUCUGCAGCAGGGUUUUCCAAAUUUUGAUAUAUUCGCCGAAGAACUUGCACAAAAUUCUGGAAUGAGUAAGAAUCCAACUGUUGCGGCCACAAGUGGCCUAGGAAAAAACUUCAUCAAAAGUAGUGAACUUAUGCAGAUUUCAGAAUUCAAUUAUGUUCCAACAGAAUCAAGUUCAAGAAUACAUUCUACAAACAUCCAAUCCAUAUUUCCAACCCCUCUGGAGCACAGCUUCUAUUCCUUGCUUACACAUAACGUUUCAAAGUUAACCUUCAGUCCUAGGAUAUUUGAAAAAGAUGGGAUCUGGGUUGACCAAAGAACACUUUCCCUUUCUAUGAUGCCCGGGGGAUGGUUUCAUUUUAGAGUUAUGGAUUGUUUUUGUAAGUUAUUCUCAUACCAACAAUCCCCUCAACUAAAUUGCCACAUCUCAAAGAUAUUCCUCUCCAAUGUUACUGCAUCUAUCUUAAUGAAUCAUUCCCUUGAUCCUAAAAAUUUGAAGAGUGAAUUUAUACAAAUCAUUGGAGUAGAUCCGAACAGUUGUAAUCUGGUACAUAUUCCAUGUUUUAUUGACAAACAAUGGGUGUUGGUGGUUGUCAAUUUCAUCAAAGGAAGAUUUGAUAUUUUAUCUCCAGAAUACGGAGCCGACAGGACAUUGAAAGUGACAAAUACUGUGGUUUACAACUUUAGAAUCUUAUUCAUCUUGGCAUUUCCAUCAUUCCAAAAAUUCAACAUACGUGACUUCAUUGUUUCUUACAUUGAUGUUCCAAAACAGCAAUCAAAGGAGGACUCUGGAAUCUUUGUAACAUGCUUUAUGGAAACAUAUGAUGGUACAAGCAUUGCUAAGUUCAAUAUUGCAGACAUCCAAGCAUUAAGAGAGAAAAAGCUAUUUCACUUGAUUUUCAGCAAGGAGAAUAAAGCUAAAGCAGAUAUAAUUACAACGUUUAGGAGACAAAAUAACGUUGGCUUCUUCUAAGUUUCAAGAUCAGUUUCAACAAUUGUUGGCAGAGAAGCUUUUGACUACAAUCUGCGGAAGAAUCUUGAAGACUGAGUUCAUAGCCUCAAAUGAAAAUAUUUCUCUACAUGCUCAUUUAGUGUAUUAUUUUGAUGCUCAGAAACUUUUUUCUGAAUUGUAAUUGCUGCGUCACUUAGUUUAUACUUUUUUCCAGUGAAUUAUAGAACACUUUACAUAUCUGGCACCUCGAAACACUCUUGUCCAAUAUUGGAACACUUCUUAAAUCCCCA